CAAGGCGGCACAUUGCGUGAGUGGAAGCUGACAUCCAAGUAUGCGUUUGCUACCAUGGAAACCUCAUACAACUCCGAGCGCAGGAAGGAUACUGUUAAAUCCCAACAACAGAUUCCAGGGCUUGCAGGGUUUGUGAAUUCCCUUGACCAAAACGAUGCUAAUGCCCAGACGGGAGAGGAGCCUAACUUCAACCUAAACCUCAGCGUGACCUCAAUGAACGAUCCCCGCUCUCAGAAGAAUGAUGGGAAACUUGCAGCAAGGCAAAGUCAGGAAGGCGGGAAGCCCAAAAUCUCUUUGAUGACCAUGAAGGAAUCUGAAUCACACAGAGUGCAAAAAUGUGUUCGCAGCCCCAGAGUAAGUGAGAGGGACAAAACACGAACAUUGAGAGUGGACGCAUCAGGCGCCUUAAAGCCCAAACCCCAAAGUGAAACCCCAAUGAGGACGACCAGCCAUGUUAAACUGAGCCUUAAAAUGCAAAGCGUUAAGAAGCAAGAUCCAAUGGUCCAACAUCACAGAGAAGAUUCUGGGUAUCAUCUGGGUCAAACUUCUCCAGCCAUUGAAGAAGCAGAACCAGCUAUCCACACAGUUUCAUCCACUUUUGUAAACCCAAAGCCACAAAUGGAGAAGAUGCAAUCAAUCCUUGUUGGUGACAAUAAUCCCAAACUAUUCAAACCUACACUCAACUCCAAAAUCACAAUAGCGCCCAAAGACAGCCUUGAAUCAAAAAGGGCUCCGAAAAACAGUUGUGGAUCAAAGGGAAGUUCUGCGCAGAAAAUGGGCUACAGCUUCAAGACGAGAUCAAAUGUUUACCCUAAGAGUGGAUCCAGAGAAAGUCUCGACCGCAAAACUGACAGUGUAAGCAGUGACAUGUUGGCCAAAGAAAAUUCAAGUUUAAAAUCUAGACCAGGUCCGAAACCCAAGUCGGAUUCUUUUAAAACUGAACCGACUCUCCCCCCAUCUAUAAUGGUCUCGCCAAGUCCAGUUUUAGUCUCUAGGCCUAGUAGUCCAUGUUCUACUCUAGUUCCUCUGGCCGCUUCCAGUCCAAAAACCAGAACCUGUGUUGCCGUGACCACACACGGAGAAUGCACACAAGAGCCUGAAUCUGUGGCAAACUUGACUAAGGGUCUUACCUUUGACAUGGUGGACAUGUCAUCACUGACAAGGGGUGUUGCUCUGAAGAAAGGACAAUGGAAGGUGACAGUGACAGGAGGAACUGUGCCAUCACAGGAGGCCAAGCAGUGGUUGGUUGAGGCUGGGGGGUCCCCAGGAAGUAAUGGGAGGCCACCUCAGAACAAAGUGGGUCAACUGAGAAACGAAAAUGUCAACAUCCCACUGUCACACCCCUUCCAUUCUCCUUCUGCUCCAGAGAGGCUAAACUUCAGUGAGACGCUUCGUCCUCGGGCAUCAGAGAGGAGAGAGGUGGGGGUCCAGGCGAAGGUGCGUGUGACGGAGCACUCGGUAUCCACCAGUCCAAGCCUGCUAAGAGGAGCUCCCUCCUUCUCCCUGAUUGGUUCUCCCAGCUGUCAAUCAUAUAGCUUGACCUCUCCAACUGUGUCACUGUGUUGUGUGCCAGCUGUGCAGCCUCUUCGAAAGCAUGUCUGUAAGAUUGAUAUUGAGCUGUGCAGCCAAGUCAAACAAGAAAAUGCUAAUAGCAUAAAGGGAGACGGUGAAGAAGUGAAGAAUGUGAGGGUGCAAGCGGGAGAGGAAGUGGGAGCUACGCCACGGGAUGUGGCGAAAGACGAGCAGGGAAUGACGUGGGAGGUGUAUGGCGCCUCAGUAGACCUAGAGUCUCAGUCCACAGCCAUCCAGUCCCACCUUGAGUCCAAGAUCCAGAAGCAGGCAAAACAUAUCCGGUCUCUGAGGAGGUUUAUCAGGAAACACAACAGGAGAAAGAAACAGAAAAAGAAGAAGAAGAAGAGAAAGAGAGUAGGAAGGAUGCUGAGGUGCUGCUGCACAGCUCCUUUGGGGCAAGAUUGACCAGGAAUUCAGGCAUCCAUGGAGGGAAAUCAUCAUGAUCCCCAAGCAUGCUAAUAAACAAAUUAUACUUCCACUUACUCUUGUAGUAGUGCACAAUUUGUAUGUGCAAAAAAGUAAAAUGCAUGCAACGUAAAUUGUUAGUUUACUGAAGUGUGAUAAAAACGUUUUCACUGGUGCUAAAUAUUUCAGCCACUUCCUUUUUUGGAACAAAAUGUCACUGAACCAGCCAGGAAAAGUUCACUGCAGAAAACAUGGAUCAAUUCAAUCAGCAAGAAUGCACUGUAGUAACUAUUUUCUCAGUGUUUCACUUACCUCACAUAUUUAACACAAAACAUACAUGAACACAACUUCAAAAUUAGGAAAGCACUCAUCCACCAUUUUAUGACCACCUCCUCUUCGUCCCGGACCACGCUGAAUUAUUUAAAAACAUUAAAAAAUCACGCUGAUGUCAACAACAGAAACCGGCUGCCAUGUUUUAUUCAGUCUGCACUUUAGGAUACACAGAGGACUACAGUGCCCGAGCAAAAAAAAAAAAAACAAGACACCUUAGAUCGGGGUUUUAAAGUUAAAGUGCCAAUGAUUGUCACACACACAUUAGGUGCGGUGAAAUUAUCCUCUGCAUUUGACCCAUCCCCACAGGGGAGCAGUGAGCAGAAGCGGUGGCCACGGCCGGGAAUCAUUUGGUGAUUUAACCCCCAACCUCCAAUUCCAACCCUUGAUGCUGAGUGCCACGUAUUUCAAACUGGGCCCCAAGCAGAACAAUUAGGGACAUUUUUAUACAUUUUAUCCAUCAAAUAUGCUAAAACCAAGCCAGUGCAGGUGAAGACAUGUUACGCGUUAAGAAAUGUUAAGAGGCUCUGACUGUUGUGCUCAAAUUUUGCUUCAAAAUAUACCCGCCCAUGCUUUUAGAUAAGCAAAUAAACAUUCAACACUCAAGUA